UACACACUAACUGAGCGGCCAAAGGGGCGUGGCCAAACGUCUGGGCACCCUGCCGUAAGUAAACAGAUGCAUGUGUGAAGACCUGAGAGCCACGCCCUUUCCCGUUCAAAUGUUAAAAACGUGCCUGUAGUCCAGUCCAUACCGUCUAAUCGGCACAUAUUUCAGUCUAGUCCCGGGUGACAUGGCAUGUGGGGUAUAAAUAUCACUGAUCGUGGUUUGUUUUCAUCAAAUCCAGCUGUGCUUGCUGUUCGGAGUGUGGGUUUUACUGCAGGCGGACUCCCCAGCUACCGAAGAAGGGUCCUCGGGUUGCACGAUUUGUUUGAGGUGUGUUGGUGGCAGAGCACCGGAGCGCAGCGAUGUGGGGGAAAACCUCGAAACGCUGCAGCGUUGUGGGCUGUAGGCAGGAGAACGUCUCCUUACAUACCCUCCCCAAACACCCGGCUAUCAGAGACGAGUGGCUGAAGUUCAUUUUCGAGGAGAUUCCACAGAGUUUCAGCCCCAACCUGACCAUCUGCUCGGCUCAUUUCAGCGCCGACUGCUUUCUCAACCAGGAACAAUACAAUGCGGGCUUUGCCAAAAAGUUGCUGCUGAAAGAGGGGGCGAUUCCAGAUCUGCUAACCGCCGCCUCAAAGCCGCAGCAUUACGGCCAACAAAUGGAGCGGGCUGCUGGGAAUUCUGGUAGUCCCGAUGGCCAAUCCAUCCUUGUGCUUAAGUGUGAGGAUGACGACUCUUUCUGGCUGAAUGACGGCUCGCAAAGUGAGUCGCCGCGAACACGUGACGUCGGGCUGCAGUGUGACCCUGUGCCGAAGCUCGUUAGGACUGUAGGAACGCAGCUGUCGGCCAGCACGCUGAUACACAAACGAAGCCAGGGUGUUCUGGUUGCUCCUAAGACCAGAGAGACUGGUGUUGGCACAAACAGGCAGGUGAGCCCGCACUUCAGCGAGCUGACGUCAACCCACACGAAAGACGAUCAGCCUGCGGCAGCGUUCUAUGAUGAAUCCCCAUCAACACCUCCUCAUCUUAUUGAGACAGCUGUGUCCCCACUGAGCCCCCAGGAGCAUUCUCCAGUGGAGAUAGUGGUGAAAGCCGAGGUAGUUUCAUCUGAAGAAGAGGCUGAGGAGGAUGACACCUCAAGUGAUGUGGAGGACAGCGUACAAGCCGACCCAGAUGAUCCAGAAUACUUACCCGGUUCCCCAGAUCAGAGCUCGGAGAGCUGUAAGGAAGAUGAGAAUGAUGAGGAGUCCACCUCCCAUAAACCCUUUCAGAACACCUUGAGACCGCUUGCUUGGUGUUUGCACUGUGAAGCUCAAGCAGGAACGUCUUGCAUGAUUAAGAAGCACCAAAGGAUCUACGGCUGUCCACAGUGUGUCUCUGAGGACGCUGUUGAGAUCCAGUGUUUGGAGGACCUGCCUGUUCGCUUUGAAAACAGAAUUAGCUUCCAUAAACACGCCAUUACUGUACACGGUGUUCCAGAGCAACCGCCCGAGUUCAAGACUUGUGAAGACUGCAGUAAGUUAAACAGGGUGGAGGAUGAGCACCACGUGUGCGAAUGCAAGAUAAAGGUGUUCUCCUGUGAGCUGUGCUCCAAACGUUUCCUAACAGAGAACGGUCGAAAGGUCCAUUAUCGCAGACUCCAUGGGAACUAUACGCAUUUCUGUAAGUACUGCAUGAUAAACUUUAGCACAAAAGAGUCCAAGCUUCAGCACGAGCAGGUUCAUAAUACACGAGGUUUACCGUACAGCUGUCCGAGCUGUUCGAUGAGAUUUAAAGACUUCCAUGAACGAAACACUCACCUUAAAAGCCAUGGUGGUCAGAAAGGGUACCUUUGUAGCACGUGUGGCAUGAAGUUCUCCAAGGCAACGAGUUAUGAGAGGCACCUGCUCAUCCACUCGGGAGAAAAGCCCUACAGGUGUGACGUGUGCGAGCGCUCCUUCAACCAGGCCGGCCACCUGAAGUCCCACAUGCGUCUCCACACAGGAGAGAAGCCCUUCAUGUGUGAGCAGUGUGGAGAGUGUUUCAACCACAAUGUCAGCCUGAAGAACCACCUGCAGCGACAACACGGCAUCGACACCAAGUAUCUACCGACGAAGGAGGGAAAGCGGAUAGGUAGACCGUUCAGUGAUGUUCCUCUGAAAAGGAGAUUUAAGGAGUGUCAUAAAGGUAUCUUAGAGCACUGCUCUUCUGCUCCGGCUGAUGAGCUGGAGGGUGAGGACGCAAUGUGUGAUCCAGACUCGGAGGAGAGCCAGGAGUUGUGAUUUUGACGCAAAGGAAGCUGGAAAAGGGAAGCUUUGAUGAAGAGCACAGUAAAAGAGAGAAAGGAUGGCAGUGUGUAGCACGAGUUCUGAUGUACCCAAGUCCUAUAAACUAUCUGUUCUGUGUUGUUCUGGACAUUUCCAACUGACAUGAGGCUAGAAAACUGCGGGUUGUUCAAAACCUUUUACUCAAAAUUUAGUUAUUUUUAACCUUUACAAAACAGGCUCUACACAGGUUUCUGUAUGUAAUCCCGUUUUUGGUAUUUUAUUAUUAUAUUUAAUUUUUAUUGCAUCACUUAAACGUUCUUUUUGUGACGCCACUGUACAUUUAAAAAAAAAACAAUAUUUUUCAAUUUCCAUUGUUUAUCCUACACAGAAAAGAUGUAACUGCUUAGACUUUCUUUCUUGGCUAGAAUCCACUGUUUCUGCACUUCUGUUCAAAAGUUAGCGAAGUCAGGCGAUUCACUUUAUUUUAUUUUAUUCUUGUUUUUUAUGAGUACAUUAAGAUCUUUGGUGAGCAAAUAUAUGCGGUGUAGAAUAUUAAGUCAGUUCUUAGUGUCAGUUCUAACGGUUCCUUCUUCCUAAUUUCUACCCUUGCAGGGCCAGGCAUGAUCGUCUGGAGACAACCAUGAGAAAUUCUCAUAGGCUUAUUAAGGUGGGAACAGAAUGAGCGUGAAAUUUCUAAACCUUUCCAACGCCUUUGUGCAGCCAGAGCUUAAAGUAGGGUCGACAAUGUGCCCAUCAACAUUGUCCAAUGGACAACAAGCUUGUCCUUAGCACAUAGACAGGGUCUGCCAAAUGCUGUAAAUAGACAUGAAAAGUCCCACCAAAAACUUAAGUCAACCCCUUGAAAUCCCAGGCUUGUUACAUACUAAAGCUUAUUAGUAUGCAAACUGGCUAAGCUAUUCUUAGGUUAUAGAAGUGUGCAAUAAAACUUUGGACCGGUGGCCCUGGCCAGUUCAUUUACUUUUACGGCAUUUGGCUGAUGCUCUUAUCCAGAGCGACUUACAACUUGAUCAUUUUACACACGUAGGCGAAGGUGGUGUUAGGAGUCUUGCCCAAGGACUCUUAUUGAAAUAGUGUGGGGUGCUUACCCAGGCGGGGGAUUGAACCUCAGUCUACAGCAUAGAAGGCGGAGGUGUUACCCACUACGCUAUACCAAUCACACAAUUCAGAGGUUAAACAUCUGAUCUCAAAUGCAGAGAACACAUUACAUAUGGUAAAAAUAAACAUCACGUCUUGCAAGUUAAAACUGUUAGCUGUUAGUAUUCGUUAGUAUUCACUGUUAGUAUUCACUGUCUAGAAAGGAAGCCAGAGGAAUUUUGGGACAGGUUUUAGAGGUGCGUACCUUUUGGCCCAGUCCCAUUUCUUAUUCCUGCCAUUCUACAGUAACUGCAGAUGAGGGUAAAAUUCAGCUCCUCACUGCUGGGCUUUAGGUACAUUUAGGGCAUCAUACGUCUUCAAAGAGGGGGCAAUUCUUUAUUAUCACCCACCACUAAUUUUUCAGUGAUAUGAAGCAGCUUCUCAUUCUUAUUUUCGUGUUCCGCCUUAAACGGUGCAGUAGUUACGUUGUGGUGCUUCAGGCAUCAGAACUGCUGGAGUAAUUAAGCUACCGAGACAUCAGCCUACAACUAGCAGUUUGUAUGCUUGUUAUGAAGGAAGGUACCAUAAUACACUGAAACGACGUUAAACUAAGAAAA